UCGACUAUCCGUGUUAACGAGUAUCAGAAAAAUCGCCAGUAUUUCAUAGUUAAAUUAAUAUUAAUCUAUAUAAUAUGUAAACGCAAAAUAAUUAUUAUGUUAUGAAAAGGUAAAUAAUUAAAUGACUGUGAACAAUAGAUAUCAAAACGGCCGCCAAUAAGGAUCUAACAGAGUACUAUCUUAUUCGUUUAGGAGCAGCAUCGCACGAUAAGUCAGCAAGACAAUUCUUGAAAUUCUCGCCCCCAUUCCGAUUCUGUACUCAGAUUCUGGUAAGGGGAUCAUUGCAGGAUGCCAAGCCCAGUCUGGCUAAUAGAUGACUGGAAUUCGACUAUGGUGCUGCGAAUUGAGGGAAGAGCUGGACUUGAGGGAAGGAGAAGCGAUGACCUCGAUAAUGGAGGACUCUGGUGAUUUUGGCCGCUUCAAGGAGUCAUUGUGAUAUGAUGCCCCAAGCAUGCAAAUGGCGCCCAGUUGGGAAUGGGUGAGUGGUUCCAAGGUUCUACUAUGGAAUACAAUAGACGUGUUUCAGAUAAUACGCGUAAGACAAGUCAUUGACCGUUUGGCAAAUAGGCUAUAAUCAGAACUUUGCCGAUGACAAAUACAGGUGCAUAUGUCUGCAAAGGCGGCUACAAAAUGCAUCAACCAUAUAAAGCGGAACUCAACUUUUUUGAAGACAUCAAAGUUAUAUUGGACCCAUGUAGUGGAUACGAUGGGUUUAUGUGUUGUAGUGUCUGUGGCAUCAAAAAGUCCGAAAACGUAUUUUACGUCUAGCCUAUUCGAAUGGGAACGAAUAGUAACAUGAAUAUACCAUUAAUAACAACUGGUACAUAAGGGUAACAUUAAGGAUAUCAAUAACCUAAAAGUAUUGAGUUUGCAAAAGAAAAAGAUUAGAACUGCAGAAAGUUCAAGUGCUUUUGUGUGAAAGCUUCAGUGAAAUUGAAUUUAAUAGCCACACCUACGAACGUGUAGACAUUAAAGACAAAAUUUCAACAAGGCCUAAGUGAUAUUUUAUCAAAGAUGAGACUAAUUUUCAAACUGGACACAGAAAUUUGGGAUAGACCAAACGACAAUUGCGUGAAAUAAAGAGAUCCAAGAUACCUACCUAUUUGCUAUUGUAUCCUUGCAUACGUAGUAUAAGAUACCAAUAUAUCAGCCUGUGAUGGAAUAUAGAAUGAUUGGAUGGUCAGAAUUCCAUAGGAGUGGCACUGGCAGAAUUGUUUACAGUUGCAGCUAUAGGAGCAUUGGAAAGUUUGUGUGUGUGUGUGUGUGUGUGUGUGUGUGUGUGUGUGUGUGAUGUAAAUAGUUUAGUUAACAUUGGUGUAAUAGCUUAUAAGAAAGAAAUGCGUGAAAUGUUACUUUUAAGAAAAAACGUUAACAUAAAAGAAAUCGAUAAAAGAAGUGAGCUCACGCUUUGUCUCUCCAAACUCGUAUAGUAUGUAAUUUUUUGUGAAUGUACUUUGAUUAAAAUUAUUAUUUUUAAUCAAUAAAAAAGUGUUAAGCUUCGUGUGUUAUUUAUUUCACGUGACUAUUAUCCACACAUGGAACAUGGUCCUUCGAGCUGGAUAUUGAUAAAUAUUAGUGAAAAAAAAUCGUGACAAACAACAAUAAACAGUUUUCAUUCUCGCACUCACUAUAGAUAAUCAUUCGUGAGAAUGUGGUGAAACAAACGUGGAGACAUCGUGACUAUAUCGAGCAUUUUAAAAGCAAUUUUUGUCUCAAAAUUCGUCGAUUUCAACGCAGUGCGUAGUACAAAUAUAUUUGUGCGUAGUAUAACGGGACACUAUUACAUUGUACAUUCUCAUAAUCCCAUGUGUGCCAUACAUUAUAAGGUAUUCAACGAGAAGUAUUACGCUAUAAAAUCUUUACGCGACAGUAGCAUGCGUCAAAACGAGAAAAAACACGUUUCCAAAUCAGCAUCGCGAACGACAACAGUGAAGCAACAAUGGACUACAGCUCGAUGAAAUUUCACGGCGGCCGGUUCAAUUUUCUUUGGCGUUUGUCGUUUGCCGAACGUCGUACGGUUAACAUCGAAGCUCUCUCUGCUCCCAGCUACCUGCGCUAUCCAAGCGGUACAGUGAGUGCGGAAUGAGACGAGAAGUGACGUGCUAUGAAGCUACGUGCGUUAGAGAGCGAUUUUGCGAAAGUGGAGAACAAUGACUGUGCGAGGAAUCUGUCUCGCGUAAUGAACGCCACCGACGAUCAGAUGUCGACGGUGGAAGAAAGAGGCAGUUUCUCCUUGGUGGAACGGAGGAAGAAGAAAGAAAAAAAGAGGAAAGCGCAGAAGGUGAUCGACUCAGACUCCGAGCCGAUCAAAGAAAUCGAUAUAAUGCCUACACCGGUGGCUCUCAAGAAGAAGAGAAAAGCGCCAAGAAACGCGCAGGUCGUAGAAUCUGCCGUGGAAGACGAGGAGAGAAGCUUAAUAAGCCUAAAAGAGAAGUCUCGGCCAGCAUUCGAUAGAAUGCUGAACUUAGUUACGGAAGCUAAGUUGGAGAACUCACUAAAGAGGAAAAUUCGCGCCACGGCAACGGAGCUGAAAGAACUCGUCAACGAGGCACUGAUAGCGAACGGAAGACUGGAGGAUAAAAUUGAAUGCCUCCAGACAGACAUCAUGUGGAAAACACCAAGAGGAUGGCGAAAACGGUGCAAGAGACCAUCCAGGAAACCAUUUCUGCCGAAGAAGCCGUUAACCUACGCGGAAAGAGUGGGUGUCAAGGCCAAAAAUGUUGCAACGGCUAGCAUAAUGAAACCGAGGAAUCUUAUAACAAUCUUGCCCGGCAAAAACGAGAGCCUAAAAAGUAGCGAGAACUUAAAAGAGGCUCUGAAGAAAAUGGUUAUUCCGCGCGAAGAAGGUAUAGGAAUACGGAACGUGCGGAAGAUCAAGAAUAACGGGUUAUUGAUAGAGACGUUGAAGAAACGGAACAUAGAGACAAUUAUGAGGAACGAAAAGAUAAGGGCAACAGGGAUGGAAGUCGGUCUUCCAGCGAAGAGAAGCACGUGAAUCAUCAUCUUCUCCGUACCGAGGCCCACUAAUGAUGAAGAGGCGAGGAUGGAGAUACUAAAGCACAACUUCGAAGGCGAGGAAUUAAAAAUGCUGACGAAAAGCAGCAAGGUGACUUUGAAGA